GACACCAGCAUUAGAUGGGGAUUAGAAUAGAUGCUAUCUGGGCGGCUUAAAAAUUUGAAAGUCUAUGUGUCUCCUCAACAGCACUGGGUCUGGGCCAAAUAUGAGCCAGAAUUAAUUUGAAUAAGAGUACAAGUUUAAGGCUCAUCUUCACAAAAUGCAUAAGAAGAAAGCAGACGUCCAAGGAGAAUCGACCAGGUACAGGAUUUCUGAAAAGCAAGUUCUAUAAGUUGGCUCAGAAAUAUAAAUCUAACUUUUACCUUAAAGAAAAAGAAUUUGUCCUUCAAUUCUGGAAUUGUUUAAUUUCACCCUUCUCCUUAGACCAAUAGUCUACAUUGAACCCAUGGCCAAGAAUAAUCUCACCACAGUAACUGAGUUCAUCCUCAUGGGCUUUACCAACCACCUCAAGUUGGAGGUUCCCCUCUUCAUGGUGUUUCUGAGUUUCUACCUAGUCACCCUUCUGGGGAAUGUGGGGAUGGUCAUUCUGAUCCAAGUAGAUGUCCAACUCCACACCCCAAUGUACUUCUUCCUGUGCCAUCUUUCCCUCUUGGAUACCUGCUAUACCUCAGUCAUCAUCCCUCAGAUCCUGGCCACACUGGCCACAGGCAAGACAGCCAUCUCCUAUGGCUGCUGUGCUGCCCAGUUCUUUUUCUUCACCUUUUGUGCAGGAACAGAGUGUUUCCUGCUGGCAGUAAUGGCCUAUGACCGUUAUGUUGCCAUUAGCAACCCACUGCUCUACACUGUGGCCAUGAAUUCCAGAACCUGUUGGAGUUUGGUGGCGGGAGCCUAUGUCUGUGGUGUAUCAGGAGCCUUACUUCGUACCACGUGUACCUUCACCCUCUCCUUCUGUGAUGACAAUCAGAUCAACUUUUUCUUCUGUGACCUCCCACCCCUGCUGAAGCUCGCCUGCAAUGACACAACAAACAUUGAGAUUGUCGUUAUCUUCUUCAGCAACUUUGUGAUCUUGGUCAAUGCUUUAGUCAUCCUGAUUUCCUAUCUUCUCAUCAUCAAAAUCAUCUUGAGGAUGAAGUCUUCUGGUGGCAGGGGCAAGACUUUCUCCACAUGUAUCUCCCACCUCACUGUUGUGGCUCUCUUCUUUGGAACCCUCAUCUUCAUGUAUCUACAGAGCAGCACAGGCAAAUCCCUGGAAGAAGACAAAGUCGUGUCUGUUUUCUACACUGUGGUCAUCCCUAUGCUGAACCCUCUGAUCUACAGCUUGAGAAACAAGGAUGUGAAUGCUGCCUUCAAAAAGAUCACUGGGAGAUUCCAGGUGUCCCACAGCAUGUAGAUCUGAGUAAGUGGACCUCUCACCUUAGUCCAUUCCACCCCCCCAUAUCUACAUAUUCUAAUAGGUAUCAGCACUAUACGCAACCUGUACCUAAAAACAGAAAGAAGAUCCUCAAAUGUGAAAUUUGUUUCCACCAAUUCCAUGGUACUUCCUUUUUUUUUUUUCCCCCUCUCCCACCCCUAGUUCAUCCCCUCC